AUGACAACAGUUACUUCAAUCCAGUCUUUGAUCUUGGACUUACCACCUAGUUGUAUCGAGUUCUGUCCAGCAGCUCAUGACUACUUUAUAGUUGGUACUUAUUACCUCGAGAAGAAAGAGCAAGAUAGCUCGACAGAGAAUGUGGUAGAGGAAGAUGAUGACGAAAAGAGCGAGGAAGUGGAUAAGAAGCCACAGACUAGGACAGGGUCGUUGAUCUUGUUCGAGAUUGAGGGAGACGAGGUGAAACAAAUCUCAACAACACCAACCCCUUAUGCAAUCCUCGACCUCCAUUUCUCACCCCACGACCCAACUCUCCUCGCAGUGGCAGGUUCGACAGGCUGUGUCCAGCUCUUCCGUUUCUCCCCUUCUUCAUCCUCCAUCUCACCCCUCUCUGUCUUCCAAUACUUUGAUCCCGCUACCUUGGUUCUCUCGCUAGCUUGGCAUCCCACCUCCCCCAAUCUUUUGGGUGUCACUGUAUCUCCUGGCCAGGUAUGUUUGGUUGAUACCUCACUACCAGAGUCAGAAGUACAGGACACAGGAAAAGAGGUACUAUGUCAUGACCUAGAAGCUUGGACAUUGAGUUUCUCGAGAGAUGGCAAGGCCGUGUUUUCGGGUGGUGACGAUACGCAUCUUCGUUUCUCUGCUUUGCCAUCCUCCUUCUUUACGUCCGAAGCUUCAAACGACAAUAAAAAAGUCAAAGAAGAAGAGGAAACAAAAGAAGAAUACCUCCCCCAAUGGCAAGACCGCCGUAUCCAUCAAGCAGGCGUCACAGCAAUCCUCCCCCUUCCCUCACACCCAGAUAUCUUGGUCACUGGAAGUUACGACGACAACAUACGCAUCCUCUCCACGCCUCUGAUCGGCAGAAAACAAAUCCUCGCAGAAGAAGACCUUCAAGGUGGGGUCUGGAGACUCAAAAUGCUGAAAUCGGAACCAGAGGCUGGGAAUUUCACAAUCUUGGCUAGUUGUAUGCAUGCGGGUGCUAGGAUUGUGCAGGUGCAGAGGAGAGGGGAGGGAGAGGAGGAAUGGGAGAUCGAGGUAUUGGCAAGGUUUGAGGAACACAAGAGUAUGAAUUAUGGUAGUGACGUGCAGCCGGGCAGCGAAAGUGGUGGUGAGCAGACCAUCAUUUCGACGAGCUUCUAUGACAAGCUGUUGUGCUUGUGGAGAAGUACUCUACCCUGA